AUGGCAGAGGCAAACCUCACCUUUGUGACCGAAUUCCUCCUGAUCGCCUUCACCGAACAUCCCGAACGGGCCCUCCCUUUGUUCUUCUUAUUUUUCUUCAUCUAUCUCACCACUCUCUUGGGGAACUUGGGCAUGAUCGUUGUGAUCCGUGUGGAUCGCCGGCUCCACACCCCGAUGUACUUUCUCCUGAGUCACCUCUCUUUCAUGGACAUCUGCUACUCGUCGGUCACCGUGCCCCAGACCAUGGCUGUGCUGUUGGAGCACGGGGCCGCGUUAUCCUUGACUCGCUGUGCCGCUCAGUUCUUCCUCUUCACCUUCUUUGGCUCCAUCGACUGCUACCUCUUGGCCCUUAUGGCCUACGACCGGUACGUGGCUGUGUGUCAGCCAUUGUUCUAUGUCACUAUCAUGACGCAGAGGACUCGAUGGGGUUUCGUGGCUGGAGCUUACCUGGCUGGUCUCUUCAGUGCCUCUGUGCGGACCAUCUCAGCCUUCACCCUCUCAUUCUGUGGAAGCAACGAGAUCGACUUCAUCUUCUGUGACCUCCCUCCUCUUUUAAAGCUGACCUGUGGGGACAGCUACACCCAGGAACUGGUGAUCAUCGUGUUCGCCAUCUUUGUCAUCCCCGCUUGCAUGGUGGUGAUCUUGGUGUCUUACCUGUUCAUCGUGGUGGCUAUUAUGAAGAUCCCUUCAGUGGGAGGCCGGGCCAAGACCUUCUCUACCUGUGCCUCACACCUCACCGCUGUGUCUCUCUUCUUCGGCACCCUCAUCUUCAUGUACCUCAGAGACAAUGCUGGCCAGGCUUCAGAAAAGGAUCGGGUGGUGUCAGUGUUCUACACAACCGUGAUCCCCAUGUUGAAUCCCCUCAUCUACAGUCUGAGGAACAAGGAAGUGAAAGAGGCUCUGGGGAAAAUCCUUCAUAGAGUCAAACUCUCCUAA